AUGGAAGGAGACAAGAACAGGAAUAAGGGAGAGGGGCGGCUGUGCCCGGAUGGAGAGGUGCGAGCACCUCAGGAGGCCGGUCCCCUGUGGAGACUAGUUAGCCAGGUGGAGCUACUACCAACUUUGCAGACACUGCCAGGCAGCACAUCCUGCUGUGUGGGAGACACUAAGGACCUUCUCCUGCGAUCCCUCCUGUCCCCGACCGCCAAGAAGAAGAAGGUGCUGCAGGACUUAGGACCUCUCAGUGAAACUACAGGACACAGCAAUGAUGUGGGGGUUGGCAGGAGGAACACACGGAAGUGUCAGAUACUAUCAGGGCCCGAGAAAGUGAAGAUUUACCACAUUGCCAUCCAGAUAGAGGAUUUAUUUUUUGAAAAUAAAAGUGAUGUAUUUGAAUACUACUGGGUAUAUACUUACUACACUAGUAUUUUGCAGUGUAUGCAGCCAUGCAUGGGCCAAUGGGAUGCAGUUUCGCAACAGUGUCAGAAGAAAUGUGAGAAGCACCAUGAAUGUGUGACCAGCUGUGAGUUCUUAAAAUCUCUUAAAAUGAACAAGCAGGGAGAUUGUCCUCCUCCACACAGAGCAUCUGGGUUCGCUGCUGCUUGUGUGUUAAGCUGCAGUAUUGACAGAGACUGCCCUGGCAUAAAGAAGUGCUGUGCCAAUGGAUGUGGUUUCACCUGCCAGGCGCCAAUUAAUAAGAUUAAAGGCAUGCCAUUAAAACCUAACACUGAUUUCAUAUUUAAUGAACAUCUCAAUGGAAGCGUAGAAAUCGCAUGGAAAUCUAGAUUCAACGUCUCUGCAGAGCCAGUUUUGUAUGUCCUGCAAAGAAGAUGGAAUUAUGGCAUUCAGCCCAGUGAGGAUCAGUCUACAUCAUGGCAAACAGUAACAGUGACAGCAACACAUCACUUCAGUAUGACAGACAUAAGGUCAAGCAGAUGGUAUCAGUUCAGAGUAGCAGCAGUCAAUGUACAUGGAACACAAGGCUUCACCAGCCCAAGUAAACACUUUCUCUCAAGCAAAGGCAAACACUGA